AUGACAAGUUUCUGGACUUGGUUUCACAAACAAGGCUCGCCCGAGAUAUUCUAUCGUCUGGCCGGCAAACUGAUGCCCUGGUUUGGUAUUCCCUGCCUAGCGCUCAUGGUUUGGGGCCUAUAUCAGGGAUUGUUCGUCGCUCCGCCGGAUUACCAACAGGGCGACAGCUACCGAAUAAUUUUCGUCCAUGUGCCGGCAGCAUGGAUGUCAUUGUUCGUUUACGUCGCGAUGUGUGCUGCUGGUGUGGUCGGUCUGGUGUGGCGUAUCAAGACCGCUGAGGUCGUCGCGAUGGCCUCGGCGCCAAUUGGCGCUGCCUUCACUUUCCUGGCGCUGGUCACCGGGUCACUGUGGGGGAAGCCCAUGUGGGGCACGUUCUGGGAUUGGGAUGCCCGGCUCACAUCGGAGCUCAUUCUGCUAUUCAUCUACCUUGGCAUCAUGGGGCUAUAUUCAGCGAUCGAAGAUCGGCGUAGUGCGGCGCGUGCAGCAUCCUUGAUGGCUUUGGUUGGGUUAGUCAACAUUCCAAUUAUCCAUUUCUCUGUUGAGUGGUGGAGCACCCUGCACCAGGGCACCACUGUCAAACUUGUUGGUGAGUCCAAGAUAGAUUCCAGCAUGUUAGUCCCGCUGCUGGUCGUCUUGAUCUCCAACGUGUCGUUGAUCGUGUAUGGCCCGCUCGCUUCAAUUUUCGGUCUGACGACCACUCGCUUAACGUUGCUGGCGGCCAGCGUCUCCAGUUCCUUGAUCACGCUCUGA